AUGCCACCAAAGAAAAAGACAAAGGCCCCCAAUCGCGCCGCAGAUGCAGACUCGCCGGCCCCCGAGCCCGUCAUCUUCGACGGCUGGACCGACGAGCAGGAGACCACGCUCUUCAAGGCCAUCUCUGUCUACCGUCUCAAGCCCGCCGGAAUGCACAAGCACUUCCGCAUCAUCGGCAUCUCCGAGCUCAUGAAGAACCACGGCGUCUCCGAUAUCCACACAGGCGUCGAGGGCAUCUGGCGCAAGCUACAGUCACUCUACAACCUCGAGGGGCUCGACGAGCGGGAAGACCUUGAAGAAGACGGCUCCCCCGACCCCGGGGUAGAAUUUACACUCCCGGACGAAGACUUUGGUACCCUCAUGCACGCGCGCCGCCUCGACCCCAACAGCGCCGACUCCCCCGUGCGACUGUCAACCUUUACGUUCACGCCGGCGCCGCGCGGGAAGAAGGGGCGCGUGAUGCGCAGCGUGAGCGCUGACGGCUCCAGGACCGCGCGCACGAGCAGCAUCAUAGCGGACGAUACCGAGGACGAGCUAUCCCUCAAAUCCGCCUCCCCCGUCCCGCGCAAGACCAAGAUCGUAUCGACCCGCGGGCGCAAGCUUGGCUUUGGAAAGGGCCGCGGCCGCGGCCUCAAGAAGAUGGCAUCUCCACGGCGCAAGCCCCCCGCCACGCCCAAGCCCGCCGAGGAGUCUGCCGAAGAGGAGUCCGAGUCGUCGAGCACGCACGACGCCUCCGACGACGAGCUCUCGGAGGUGCCGGACGAGGACGACGACGACGUAGCCGAGGCCGAGAGCGACGGCGAGGCCGAGAGUGAGGGGGGCGAGAGCACGACGGCCGCGGAGAGCCCGGCGCCGACGGUGAGUAGUCGCGGGAAGGGCAGUGGGCGUGGGAGGGGCGGGGGGAGGGGGAGGGGGGGCAAGAGGGGCGCGAAGAGGGGGGGCGAUGUGAGGAGGAGUACGAGGAAGAAGUAG